UCGCAUUCAGUAGCGCCUGCCUCGAGUGCAUCAACAGAGGAAGAAACCCCGACAGAAGCACACAAUGCAGUUUGACUGCUACGGGUUAUCCACCCAGGCUUCAUGUAUGUCUCAGCUUCCCAAAUAAAAUUGAAGAAAUCAGUUUUUCCCGUUUUGACGAUCGGGACGAAAAGCAAGCUUUCAUAAGUCACAUUUCACGAUACGCUUGAGGAAAAAACAGCUUCUGCUGCGGACACCGGCGAAAUCUCCAGCUUGACCGCACACAGUGGAUCCCGCAGCGGGCCGCGGAAGGAGGUGCCCAGCCUGCGCUGACGGGGCUGCGCUCAACAUCCGUGACGGUGCAACUCCAGCCCGAGGCCUUGGGGCCUGUUGUAUAUUAUUAUCGUUUUAAAUGGAGGCUCGGACGAAAGGAGAAGCCAGAGGAAAAUGGCCCUGUCUACAGCGCGAGUGAUGAAAGUGACAAUGUUUUGACAGGAAGACAUUAAGUGGAAUAUCUGAAAGCUUUUAUAAUCGCUGUGUUAUUGGAUAAAACAGGCCCGGUGCUGCCCAGACAUGACUGUACUCAGACUGCAGUGUGCUUACACCAUACAUCCUCCACUGGACUCGAUUAGAUUAUAAGACAGGAACCUUAAACCACAUUUUCAUCGGAGAUCCGCAACACUGGUGCUGGAGGCGCUGGUUUUUAUUAGGUAUCAGUUGUAAAGUCCCCCAGGCCGGACCAGGGUGUGUUUUUAUUAAGUGCCUUUGUCGGACCUUGACAUGGACGGUCCCAGUCGAAGCGGAGGCUUCAGACAGAGCCGUCGCUCCCGCUCGCAGCGUGACCGAGAGCGGCGGCGGAGGAGAGCGGACCUCGCUGAGCACAGGGCCUCGUCGCCAUCCUCGGCCUCGGACCAAGAACUCUGCAGAGGAGACUCGCUGCUCCGUGCCAGCGGAGGAGAAUGCAGACCCGGCUUCCCCGGGACCAGACACCGGCCUCCGCGUCGGAGGAAGCGAGAAUCAGUGUCUUGCGAGGAGGAUAUCAUCGAUGGAUUCGCUAUAGCCAGCUUCAUAAGCCUGGAGGCCUUGGAGCUGGACUGUUCCCUAAAGCCUCCAGAGCGUUCUGGCUUGUUCAUGGGUAGAGGAAUCAAAAGGAAGAGAGGCCUGGAUGAAAACGGAGGGCCUCUGUCAGAGCCGGAGGAAGGACCUCCUGCUACGUACACCAACAGUUGGGAGCAGCGCAGGAAAAUCAAAUCUAAACUGAAGAGAAAGGGAGAUGCUAAGGUAUCUGGGAAUCACAUGGAGACAGGAUAUAUUUGUGAUACAGAGAGUGAAUCAGGGGAUAAGGCUUCUGACAAUAUGGAGCCAGCAUUCAUCGUCUGCACAAGAGAAGCAGUUAACUCCAACUCUGCAAGCGCGGCUGUGGGCAACGGUUGCCCUCUCUUGCCCUCAAAUAGCUCGCAACCCCUUCUGUCAGUCACACCUCGGGUCUCUGGCCUGGAGAGGAGUCAGGAGAGGAGUAUGGAGCUGCCUUACCCUGAGCCCAUCUCUACCUCAUCCUCUCUGCCUAGCAUUGCAGCCCAUUCCACUGCCUCGGUCUCCAACUCACUUCCAGAGCUGCGUAAUGGAAAUGGUGGUCCCUAUCACCGCCAUGAUCCUAGCCCAACACAGCACAAACACAAGCCUUUCCCUUUCCCUGUAAAGUCACAACCAAUCUACAGCAACAACAGGAGCAGUACCUCAGGCAAGCCACCAUCUUCGUCAGCAUCUUCAUCAAUUAGACCACCUACUCCUGCUACAAGUGCGUCCCUUGUUCGAGGCCCAGGUGGUGUGGGGACAGUAAUGCCCUCCUCUCGACCAAGUCCCGGUGCUGUCUUUACGCCGUCCCCCAACCUUCCCCCACCACCUCCUCUCCUGCAGGGGUCACCCCACACUUCAACAGAUUCAAAUGCUGGCUCUGCACCUGGAGGACCAUCUGUGUCAAGCUCAAGCUCUGGGACAUCAGGCAGAUCCUCCCAGGCCCAAACGUCCAUCCCUACAAUGGCCUACCAGUUCCAUCAGCACAAUCACCAGCACCAGCACACUCAUACUCACCAACACUUCUUACAUCCCACAGCUGCACCACCACCACUGUUUGAUAAGUAUCCAGGCAAAAUAGACGGUCUCUUUCGACACCCAUUUUUUCCUCAGUACCCACCCCCAGUGCCCGUUCUUCCGCCCACAGGACCUUUCAGAUCAUUGCAUGGAGCUUUUCAGCCUAAGCUUGUUGCCCUUCAGGGAGCUGCUCCAGAGAUGGCUGCUGGUUUGGGAGUUGUACCGUCCCACCUUCCACCUAAACCUCCAAGGCUAACAGACCCAUUUGCACCACCACCAAAAGUCAGUAAUAAGCCUGGAAAAUGGUGUGCUAUGCAUGUCCGUGUUGCUUGGAUGAUUCUAAGGCAUCAAGAAAAAGUCAAGCUCAUGCAUGCUGAUCCACAAAAGCUGGACUUCCGUAAUGACCUGUUGCCUCGACUCCCUGGCCCUGGUAUUGGUGGACUAGGAGGUCUAGGACCACUUGGUGGUCCCCUUCCCCCAACUCCUGAUCUUACAAGACCAGGAAGCCUGUUCACUGGUGGAGUCAAUCCGUCCUCCACACCAUUCAUGCCUCCAUCAAUGUCCCAUUCCCCUUUCCUCACCUCAGCAGCACAUCUGGACCCAUAUGUUCGUUCAUCCUCCUACUCUUCUUUGGGAGCCCUGAGUUCUGGUGCCUUUGGAGGCCUAGGCAGCCCCACGAUAGUUGCCAAUGUUUUUGGACAUAAGACUGAGCCGUCUGCAAGUGCAGUUGGAGGACUGGGUAACCCCCAUGAUCCAUGGAAUCGUCUGCAUGUUACACCUGCCUCUUUCCCCUCUGGAUCCUGGGCAAAAGGACCAGAGAAGAGAGAUGAUAGAGGAAAGGAUGUGGAAAGAAGAGAACCCACUCAUAUAAAAGACGAAAAGGACAGAGACAGUCUCUUGUAUGGACGCCAGCCAGUGCGAAUGUCACCUGGUGUCCCAUCCCACAAGCAUCGCAGCAGCACCCCCAGUUCACAUCUAAAUGGCUUGGGCCCACUGAGUGGAAGUGGAGUUCAAUCAGAUGGCCAAAGCAGAGAGCGUGAAAGAGAAAGAGAACGGGAGUCAGACAAGAGACAACACUCUGCAUCCAGGGCACCAGUGUCAGCUUCCUCCGCAGCACCAGACAGACCUCGAUCUUCAACAUCGUCUAUUCUCACAGCCUCUCCUUCUAACGUCCCCUCAGCCCCCUCUCCUCUGGAUCUGUUUCACCGACAGCCACCGCACACGCUCAGCACAGAAUCCAGCCAUUCUUCACAACGAGAAAACAAUGGUCCAGCCUCUUCUAGUUCGCUUCCAGUCAAGAAACCUGAUCGUACCACAACCCCAGUAUCCAAACCUGCACUUGGUCUAACCUCUGGGUUGCUCCUCCCGCAAGUCAAGGUCAAAGAAGAGCGUAAAGAGGAGCCUGAGCCAGUGCCCAUCUCUUUACUGCAUUCCGCCGUGCCUUCACACAACUUUGAACGGCCUAAUAGUCGGCACCCACACCAUCCAUCCACCCCUUCCUCAACCCUCUCAUUGACACCUACACCUGGCGUGCCUCUUCUUCCACCAACUCCGCACCCUCCCCACCAUCCUCUGUCCCUCUUAGAUCGUCCACGGGGUAUUGAACCCUAUCUUGGUGGUGCAGCUGAUCGUUUCCCACCACAUCCACAUGGUCCUCCACAAGGUCAUUCCCAAGUCACUCACUUUCCCUGGGACCCUUGGAGGGAUCUGGCCGCUCAACAGCAGCAACGCAGGGAAUUGGCUCUGAGGUCAGAUCCCCACCUUGCACUUCGAUCUGAUGCACACUUGUCUAGACUUCUCCAGCAUCAGCAGGUACAGCGUUAUUUGGAGGCCGAGAGAGCUGCAGUAGCGGCAGCUGUGGCAAGCAGCCCACACCAUCCACCAGUACCUACCUCUAUGUCCUCUGCUUCAUCCUCAGCAGGCAGGCCAGAGUUCGGUUUGAUGUCCCACCCGUUCGAUGAGGAACAACGUGCUCAGUUAAUGCGGGAAGACUUGGAGAGAGCGCGGUACUUUGGGAUGCAUCCACAUCCGCACCUAUCCGCACCUCACCUUCCUAGCCCAUCUCAUGCUGCCCACCUAGAACAGCUUCACGCAGGGCUGCUAUCCCACUCUCACCUCCAAUCAGCUGGAGCCUCUGCACAAGCAUCACAUCACCCUGGCCUCUACUCUAGACUGGGACCUCUGCAUUCACACUCUCACUUACCUAAUGGCAUUCUAGCCAAGGCACCAGGUCUAGUUGGGCCAUUGUCUGUUGGGGCUCCACCACCUCUAAUUCCGUCUGUGAACAGAUCAUCUACUCCACCCCGUGGCCCCAGACUUGGUGGGGCAGGAGACUUGGGCCUAUUUGCCACACAUAAAGACGGCGAGUCCAGAUAGUACUAGGUAAAGCUCGAGGAGCUUCCAGAACUGCUGUGCUGAAGAAACUGCUCGUUAAAUGUCAAGAUUUUGCAGGACACUCAAAAAGAGCUAAGCUUCAGUGACCGUACACAAGUGUUGAAGGGCCAGGGCUAGGGCUGUUUGAUAUAUUUAUCCACUGUGGUUAAGUUGGUGCAAUUAAGGUACUCUCUUGCUGUGCCCAGGUUUUUAUGUUGGGUUUUCUUUACAAAGAGGCCUGUGGAUGUUCAAAGACUAUUCAUUACUACUAAUAUGAAGACAGGUUGUGUUGAAGUGUAAUGGAUCAAAAAAUUGUGAACUUGUUUGUCUUGGUGAACUUAAGGAAAACCUACUGUAGAGUUAUGGUCCUCAGCUUUUUAUUUGAGGGAAGAGAAAUUGGACCCUUGCCGAAGUAGUCAAGUACUUCUCAUUGUCUGAAUCAGCACUGUUGGGAAAUGUAUGAAUUAAAAGGAACACAUGGUCCACAUUCUGCUUUAAAUAUUCAAGUCAUCCAUCAGACAACUUCCAUGAACAUCAGAAUGAACUUCUUAAGAUUUAUUUUAUUCUUUAAAAAAAGUUAUUAUGAACUGUACAUCUUGUUGGAUAAUAUUUUAAAAUUCAAAGGGAAAGAACUGUCUCCCAUUCAUUAGUCUGACUCCGUACAAGAGCUGGGCCAGAAUAUAGUAGAAUAGUGAUAUUGCUUUUGUAAUAAUUAUUGUUAACAUUAAUUACCUUCCAUAAUAAAUAUAUUCACUGUUUAUGUUAUAAUGUCGUGUAUCAGGUCUCACCAAAUGCAUUCACUUGUUGAAACGAGUCAAUGAUGAUUAUUGUCCAGCAAAGCACUACAGUGAUAUUGCUCCAAAAUACUGGUGACAUUAAAGCCUGUGUACUGAGGAUGUAUCAAAGCCAGUCUCUACGGUUCAGAGAACUGUAUAUCUUCAUAAUGUGAGAGAGGUGUGUGUGUGUGUUAUGUUCUCCACAGUUGAAGCCUUUGGAAGUCUCCAACAACCAUCACACGGAGCGAAACGAGGCAUCAGUCGACUGGACAAAAGGAGUGCACGUCUUGUACUUGCAGCUAAACUAUAGGAUUAGAAAGACUCGAGAUACAGGACAUUCUGGAUUAUUUGAGCAAAACAGUUUUAUACAUUUUAAAUAUGUCCCUCUCCCCUUGAAAAGAAAACCACAAAGAUUAAUUAUUAAAAAUGGUUGGUUAUUUA